AUGUCAAAUAGCGCUGCCGCCGGAAGACCGUCCGCGCCAGGUUCGACGGUAAAUGGACACUCUUUGCUCCGCCAUGAACCAGGCUCUACUUCCACUGCUACCAGCCUGAGUCCCUCGUCCAGUUCCAAGCCAAUUCCCAUCUCACGGGGGACAAAAGGAAUAUAUCCUUCCGCGAAUACAAACAAUGGCAGAGGUCCGCUCUACACUCUUCAACGGGCAGCCACGUUGGGCGAGCACAUUCCGCAACUAUCAGAAAGAGACAGUAUCUUUGCUGAACACUAUGUAUCUCCUCCGAACGAGCCUUCCACUUCCCUAGACGGGGCAAGAACGUCUCCGUCCUCCAUCACACCGCGGAAAGCACCAUUCAAUAUGUCGACCAUGGUCACCCAUCCAGUCUCCCCUCCCGAUACCAGCAAAACGCCGCGCACCCAUUCCCCACGAAAGCUGGAUUGGCUUCGACGCUCCGACUCUUUGACUGAUGUAGACACGCCUCCUUCCCCGUCCCAUCCUUCGACCGGCACGAUACAUGGUAUCAGACGGAUAGCCUCCGAUUCGAACUCAUGGACUAAGAAAUUUCAUGUUACCUUGGGGAAGACGGAGAACCAGGAGGCGAAAGAGCAAGAAAUGGGAACAGCACGACAACAUCCGUACGGUGGAGUGGGCUCAGAGAGAGAUACCUCUUCGGAACAAGAAGGUGGGCAACAUGCAGUGGUUGAGAGAGGCGAGGCCAUGCGUGCUGUCAUGAAAGGCCCUCGUACUGAGCGGAGUGUCAGUCGUGGCCGGGCACAUGUGGACAAAAGUAUAGAAGCUACAGUCAAGAACCCCGAAGUUGGAGGCACAGCACGUAGCAGGAAGGCUAGCCAUAUGAUGGGUAUCUUUGAUCCACGAACUGGCUCGCAAUCUCCAGGGUUGAGCAUUGGUGACCAACUGAGCCACGUUGUUGGCAGCAGGGAACCCUCAAAGUCGUCAUCGCGGCCGACAAGCCCCGCUACUCAAGAUACCAAAUUCCCAUGGAGUGCACGUCGACCUUCAAGGGAAUUCGCUGACCCUGCCGUUACCAUUUCUCAAGACGCUACUCGCCCUGGGAGUCUACGCAGCUCCCAGGCUACCUCUCCACUGAGGCCAGACCUCGACCCUUAUUUCCGUCAACAGGACCUUGCACAGAAUCCAGACGUGAACGAAAGGGCAUUGGAUGACGGCAAGGAAGCCUACAAAUCGACAGUCCAUGAUGUCGCCCCCACGGAGAAGUUCACGGGAGGGAACAGAGAAGAGGAUCAUAACCCUUCUGAGGAGGAGCACAUAUCAGCAGCUGUUUACUAUCCUCAUCCAGGUCCGUCUCCUGAAGAAAUUGAGCGCUUCACCUCCCCAGGAGAGGUCGCUUCACCCAAUCUGACCAACAAUCGACAACUUCCGAUCCCGACAGAGGAGAUCGUUCUCUCCACCGACACCAAAACAAAGGAAGCAUUGGGAGGUACUGAACAUAUCGACAUCUCGGUUGUAUCUCAAAAUGAGAAAAGAAUGUUUCACGGCAAUUAUCGCCCUCUGGACGAAGCUGCAGGGGAAGGUCAAGUGCCAGCUUUGUCACCUCUUGAAGAGGCUCCCUCAACUGCCAUUGUUAGUACUUCCGAGUCGGAAAUUGAAUCUGGUGACGAUAUCAGCCGGCAAAGUCAAACAGACGAUAUGUCAACCACGCCGACACAACGAAGCACGCUAUCCAGGCGGCCGACAGAAGUACAGGGGCCGCCGAGGACGAAGGGGAAGGUCGUCCUUGAACCUUACAAGCAUCAAGUGGGAGGGCAUUCGACAAUAUUUCGCUUUUCUCGUCGCGCGGUGUGCAAACAGCUGAAUAAUCGGGAGAAUGAAUUUUACGAGCGAAUCGAGCAAAGGCAUCCGGAUAUGCUCAAGUUCCUUCCCAGAUACAUUGGCGUACUGAAUGUGACGUUCUCCAAGAUUCCCAAACAAUUGCAGAACUCUGAGGCACCACCUGAUGAUAAUGCAAGGACUGAAAACCCUAGUCAGGACGAAGACCGUUCCAGAGAGACAGAUAACAUGUCCGGCAUGGGCUCGAGGUCAAUCAUUUCAUCGUCUGGAGAUCAACCACGAAUCGUCAGCCACUCGAUCCAACAGAUCGGCAGCAUACCUGAGGUCAUUCUGGAACAGAACAAACAUAUCAUUCCCUCCAACUACUUUGCUCUGCCGGAGCGGCCUAAGAGCGCCGACCCUAAUCACGGUCGCCGGCGAAGUAAGGAUUUCGAUCUUCCAGAUGCCCUCACGCAGGACGUCUCUGAAGCAGAGAAGUCCCCGAACAGACCGUCAAUGCCCGAGCAUUCCAACAGUUGGGGGCAUACCACUGUCAAUGAGGGCUUGAAGGACAAAAUCCUACGCGAAGUAUUCGGUCCUCCUCCCGUCCAGUAUUUCCGACGUCAUAUACCAUCGCACAGUACUGUUCCACGACUCAAAGGCCAUCGUGCGCCUCGCCGGAGGAGUAAUCUCUCCACAAAUUCGUUCCCUCAUACGGAUGCUAAGGAUUCUGCUCAGCCAAAUGAUCAUCUUGAGACGCCGAUACUAAAUAACGAGAUGGCUCACAUGCCUCCCCUCAGUGAGAUACGUCCACAGGCCAGCGACGGCGGCGUGUAUUCUUCAUCAGCUUCGGCGUUUGAUGACCUCAAAUACAACCUCGAACAAGUCAAAACAGCCGGCAGUGAGGUGUCAACCUCUUCUGGCGCAGAGAACAGACAACAUGUGAAAAGGCGCCAUUCGGGCAUGGGCUUGCGACGUCGGCGCCAAUCAGUGAACGAGAAACAGACUCCUGAGCUAGAAUAUUUCGAAGACGAAGCCUACACAACGGAUUUUGGUCCUGACACUGGGGAUGUCUUCAGCAUGGACCAGGAGAAGCAACGGGAUACUACGAAGCACCGCCCAAGUCAUUCGAAAACCAACGGCUCGAACAAGUCUCAAGCGGGAGAGGCGAAAAUCUCCAACGCUCACUCGAACAAUGCCGGCAGAGCCAGAGAACCAGAUACGACGAGCAUGAUACCGUCCAAUCCAAAAGAGGCUCAAAAAACUUACAGUGCCUCUGGCGAUCGAGUCGUCUAUUUCAUUUUGUUGGAGGAUCUCACCAGUGGCAUGGGCCGUCCUUGUGUACUUGAUCUCAAAAUGGGAACAAGGCAAUUUGGUGUCGAAGCUAGCAAAAAGAAGAUGGAGUCUCAGCGCCGCAAGUGCAAGUCGACGACCUCCCAACAACUGGGUGUCAGAAUAUGCGGCAUGCAAACUUUCAAUGCAAAAACUCAAAAGGUAUCAUAUGAAGACAAAUACUAUGGUCGUGACCUGAAGGCUGGACGGGAAUUUAGGGACGCGCUCACGAGAUUUCUGUAUGAUGGUCUUAGCUACCACAGUGUUGCACGGCAUAUCCCCACUAUCUUGCACAAACUCUCCAAGCUUGAGAGCAUGGUACGAAGACUGCCUGGAUACCGAUUCUACGCGAGCUCCCUCCUCAUGCUAUAUGAUGCCGAGCCUUACAAGUCUCGGGAAGCCGAAGAGGCGGCCAGGAACGGUAUCGAUAUCGCCGAGCAAAGAAAAAAGGAGGGCAAAAAGUGGCCGCCACCAAUUGACAUCAAGAUUGUGGAUUUUGCCAACUGCAUCACAGGGGAGGAUGAACUUCCCGCCAACGCUCAAGCGCCACCAGCCCAUCCCAAAGACAUUGAUCGAGGCUACUUGCGUGGUUUGAGGACCUUGAAGGCGUACUUCGAACGAAUCUUAGCCGACAUCAAAAACAACGAAAUGAAGGAGAUCAGUGGCAGAGAGGAAUUAACCACGGACGAUGAAGGUGCCAGCAAUGUCUCAAAUGGCGGGAACGAUGCGCCUGAGGAAGAGGGUGAAGUCAGCGUCUAA